AUGUCUGAAUAUCAUGAUGAAUUUCAAGAAGAUCAAUAAAAAUUAAAUGCCUUAAAUCUAUCUUGGACAUUGGGGUUUAAUUAUAAAAUGGUAAAUGGAGUUCACAACCUCACUAAUGAUUCUCGUAAGGUAUGAUCAAUUUGAAUUUAGGAAAUAUUUUAUGCAACAGCACACACAGGAGUGAUAUUUGAUUAUGGAAAUAAUUAAUAAAGAUUAUUAUAAGGACAUGUAUAAUAUUAUGUGAUUUAUAGUGUAACAAAAUUUCAUGCACUGCAUAUUGCAAAGAAUUAGACAUAAUUGUAACUGCUGAUGCAGGGCCUGACAGUAUGUUAGUCAUAUGGGAUGCAAAGACAGGAGUACCUAGAAGAACGAUAUUUGAACCACAUGCUAAUGGUGUUUAAGCUGUGGAUAUUAGUGAAAAUGGACAAUAUUUGGUAACAUUGUCAAAAGAAGAACCUGAUAAAAUAUAAUCUAUAUCAUUUUGGGAUUGGUAAUCUCAAGAUCCUCGUCUAAGAACAACAGUGUUAGAUGAUAAAUUAAAGGAUUAUUAAUACUAUGUUACAAUUAAUAAUAAUGCUGAAUAAAAGUAAAAUCAACAAUAAAUAUUUGAAUUUGCAACAACAGGUAAAAAGAGAGUAGUCUUUUGGAGUUGGGAAUAUGGAGCAGCAGGAUUUGAAUAUUAUAGUCCUGAAGUUCAAAAAAACAAGGUUUUGACAUAGACUGUAUUUAUUCCAAAGAACAAGAAUGUUGUAACAGGAACAUUAGAUGGAUAUAUUAUAGUUUGGGAUGUUUCUCUUAUUAUUGAAGAAUAUGGAUAGCCAGAUGAGAGAAGAGUAAUUAAAAUAGUGAAUCUUAUGAAUGUUGCUAAUAAAUCUGAAACUUAAUAAAAGAAAGGAAAUGCUUAGAUAUUAUUAUUAAGAGUAUAAGGAAGAUAUUUAGUGGUUGGAGCAUCAAAUGGAUCUAUAAGAUUUUAUGAUUUCAAAUUCAGAAUACGAGCUUGGUUUGAAGAUGUUGUUAUUGGAUAAAAUGGUUUAAACAUAUAAUGUAUAGGAUCAAUAACUAAUUUAUCAUUUGCAAAUGAAAAUAUGUUUUAGGAAGAUUUUGAAACUGAAUCUGAUGACGAGAAAGACAAAGAUGAAUAAUCUUAAAAAAAGUCUAAACCAUUUGUAUGUUAAGAUUUUAUUGUUGUUGAUGAUAAGGCUAAUGUUAUUUUAUUAAAGUCAUCACAAUUUUAGGAAAUUGAAAAAGAAAAAAAGAAAGGAACAGUAAUUAUGUCAUCUAUUGUUUCACCCAUUAUUUCCAUAUCAGUUAGACCUAAUGUACCUGUAGUUGCAUUUAGUUGUGAAGAUAAUAAAAUAUAUGAAUGGAAUUUCUAUGAAAAACAUAAUAAACUUAAAGAAAUAAAAGAAAAGGGUAGUGAAUUACAAAUAUAAAGUACAUUUAUUGAAUAUAGUCCUGAUGGUAAUUAUUUAGCUGUCUGUUCUAAAAAUGGAAUUGUUCAUAUGUAUGAUUGUAGAGAAGAGAAAUGGCUUAAAAAUUUAUUGGUUUCUGAAACUGAUAAAACUAAACCUAAAAUAACUUAUUUAACAUUUAGUAUUGAUUCAAAAUAUUUUGCUACUAUUGAUGAAUCUUAUGCAGUUAGUGUUUUUAAUUUUGAUUUUGAUCCUAAUAGUUAAUUGAAAUAAUCAAAAGAAUGGAUAUUUGCUGGUAAAUAUAGAGUACAUCAUGGACCAAUUAAAUCAGUUGCCUUUGGGGAAACACUUGAUGAAAAGAAUUAAGUGUAAUUAAAGGUGUUCACUAUAGGAGAAGAUAUGAAAUUGGCAGUUUAUGAUGUUUUGGAUCCAACUUAAGAUCCAUAUAAUAGAGUUAAAUUAAGAAGUGUUGUCUCUAUUGAAUAAGAAUGUUUACCAUCAGCAUGUAUUUGGUAUCCAAUCAAUUUAUAAAGAGAAGAUGUUUUAUUAACAACAAAUAGUGAAUUUAAAUUAAAAUUAUGGACAGUUUUAAAAGAUCUUCGUAUUAUUUGUAAAAAGACUUGUUUAGGUCCAACUUUUGGUGGACAUAUCAAGAGAUUAUUAUUAUUAAAUCCAAGUGAUAUGAAAAAUGAAUAUUAAGAUAAAUAUUUAGCCUAUUCUACAGGUGAAAAGGUUGUUGGUAUAAUUAAAUUACCUUUAGAUGGUAAUCCUAAUAAAACUAUGGGUUUGAUUGCACAUCCUGAGAAAAUUGUUGAUUUAUCAUCAACUUAAGAUGGUAAAUUAUUUUUUACAUCUGGUGGUGAUGAUUUUGCAAUUAAUAUUUGGAGUGUUGAUUUUGCUGCAUUAGAAGAUAAUUUUUAAACAUAAGAAACAGAAUAUGAAAUAUUUUCAAAUUUAUUAGAUGGAGGACCUGAAGGAUAAACAUUAAGAGAUUUAAAAGACUUCUUUUAUUAUAGUCAAAUUAGAUCAAAAGAUGAACAUACAACUAAAGCUAGAAAAUUAGAUGGUCUAGUUCCAUUAACUGCUAUUGCUGAUAUGAUGAGAUCUAUGGGAUACUUUCCAACAAAUUAAGAAAUUGAAAAUAUGAUAAAUGAGAUUAAAUUUUCAAAAUAUCUUGAAACAGGUGAAUAAAUAUCAGAAUUAGAAAUUAAUACAUUCCUUAAAUUAUAUGUUAAUCAUAAACCUGUAAAUGGAGUUACAAAAGGAUAAAUAUAUGAUGCUUUAAAAACACUUUCAAAUGACUCAGGAGUAAUACCAUGGGAUUAAUUUACUGAAUUAUUAAAAACAAAAGGUGAAAAAUUAGAUGAAUAAGAAAUUGAAUGUAAUAUUGUUAUUUAUUAUUAUAGAUUAUUUGGAAUCAUUAAUGCCAAAUAAAAAUUAUCCCUAAUAAUUACAUUUAAAUAAUCUUUGUGAUGACUUAUUAGGUUUUGANUAAUAAACUUAAAGAAAUAAAAGAAAAGGGUAGUGAAUUACAAAUAUAAAGUACAUUUAUUGAAUAUAGUCCUGAUGGUAAUUAUUUAGCUGUCUGUUCUAAAAAUGGAAUUGUUCAUAUGUAUGAUUGUAGAGAAGAGAAAUGGCUUAAAAAUUUAUUGGUUUCUGAAACUGAUAAAACUAAACCUAAAAUAACCUAUUUAACAUUUAGUAUUGAUUCAAAAUAUUUUGCUACUAUUGAUGAAUCUUAUGCAGUUAGUGUUUUUAAUUUUGAUUUUGAUCCUAAUAGUUAAUUGAAAUAAUCAAAAGAAUGGAUAUUUGCUGGUAAAUAUAGAGUACAUCAUGGACCAAUUAAAUCAGUUGCAUUUGGUGAAACACUUGAUGAAAAGAAUUAAGUGUAAUUAAAAGUGUUCACUAUAGGAGAAGAUAUGAAAUUGGCAGUUUAUGAUGUUUUGGAUCCAACUUAAGAUCCAUAUAAUAGAGUUAAAUUAAGAAGUGUUGUUUCUAUUGAAUAAGAAUGUUUACCAUCAGCAUGUAUUUGGUAUCCAAUCAAUUUAUAAAGAGAAGAUGUUUUAUUAACAACAAAUAGUGAAUUUAAAUUAAAAUUAUGGACAGUUUUAAAAGAUCUUCGUAUUAUUUGUAAAAAGACUUGUUUAGGUCCAACUUUUGGUGGACAUAUCAAAAGAUUAUUAUUAUUAAAUCCAAGUGAUAUGAAAAAUGAAUAUUAAGAUAAAUAUUUAGCCUAUUCUACAGGUGAAAAAGUUGUUGGUAUAAUUAAAUUACCUUUAGAUGGUAAUCCUAAUAAAACUAUGGGUUUGAUUGCACAUCCUGAGAAAAUUGUUGAUUUAUCAUCAACUUAAGAUGGUAAAUUAUUUUUUACAUCUGGUGGUGAUGAUUUUGCAAUUAAUAUUUGGAGUGUUGAUUUUGCUGCUUUAGAAGAUAAUUUUUAAACAUAAGAAACAGAAUAUGAAAUAUUUUCAAAUUUAUUAGAUGGAGGACCUGAAGGAUAAACAUUAAGAGAUUUAAAAGACUUCUUUUAUUAUAGUCAAAUUAGAUCAAAAGAUGAACAUACAACUAAAGCUAGAAAAUUAGAUGGUCUAGUUCCAUUAACUGCUAUUGCUGAUAUGAUGAGAUCUAUGGGAUACUUUCCAACAAAUUAAGAAAUUGAAAAUAUGAUAAAUGAGAUUAAAUUUUCAAAAUAUCUUGAAACAGGUGAAUAAAUAUCAGAAUUAGAAAUUAAUACAUUCCUUAAAUUAUAUGUUAAUCAUAAACCUGUAAAUGGAGUUACAAAAGGAUAAAUAUAUGAUGCAUUAAAAACACUUUCAAAUGACUCAGGAGUAAUGCCAUGGGAUUAAUUUACUGAAUUAUUAAAAACAAAAGGUGAAAAAUUAGAUGAAUAAGAAAUUGAAUGUAAUAUUAAUAUUUUAUUAUUAUUUUAGAUUAUUUGGAAUCAUUAAUGCCAAAUAAAAAUUAUCCAUAAUAAUUACAUUUGAAUAAUCUUUGUGAUGAUUUAUUAGGUUUUGAAGAUAUGGAUGGUACUUAAGAAUAGUAAGAGUAAUAAGAAGAAGUUUAAGAUGUUGGUUCUGAAGACGAAUAGUAGUGA